GAAUCUAGUAUCUUCAAAGACCUAUAUUAGGGUCUAUGGAGGAUGCAAAAGUGAAUGACAUAGUUCCUGUCCUGAGAGAGCCUCUAAUCUAGAUUCCUGAUCCUCCUUUGACUAUUAACUUCUAGGUCUGGCCUUGGGGCUGCUCCUUUGCUCAGUAUCCAUCUUACCCUCCAGUCUUUGCCCCAGAUCUCCUAGUUCCAGCUUCUUACCCUAUAAUCUAUAAUCUAUGACCCAUAGGGGCCAAUUGCCUGCAUGGGCUUCGGUGCUAAACCUUCCCAACAACUGCAGAUUACUUUUUUUCUUCCCCUAAUGAUACUUGGGCUCUUGAUUCUUUUUUUCCAGUUAGGACAAGUUUCACAGGUCUCCAAUUACAGGUUUGUAUUGUAGCUUUUCUCCAAAUCCAACUACGCUAAGGUCAGAAGACAGAUUUUUAAAUCAACAAGCUAACAUACACAAGCCCUUUGGAGUCCCAGUUUCCCCAAGACAGCAUUCAGAUUUUGAAAAUUCAAAUUUGUAAAUGUAGUUUGACUUUGCCAAGGGUGAUAUUUCUGAUUUCCUUUGUUAGUAUAUGUCCUAUGAUAAGUUCUUACCAGAUUUAGAGAUUCUUUGAGUGCCUAGACUCUUGAUUAAUCUAGACUCCCCCCUCUCACUUCUUCCUUAUAUUUCAUUCUCACUUUCUCUUGAUAUUAUUUCAGUUCAGUCAAUCAUAUUGCAAAAUCACUAGUCAUAGGAAAAAGCAUUCUUUUGGAAGAUUUUUUCCCCCCUAAAUAUGUGGUGAAGGAAUCUUCCUUGUGGACAAGGAAAAAAGGUUCCUCAAUUCCUGUAUGAAUGGAAGCCCCCAGGUGGGCAUAACUUUUCUGCGUGAUAUUUGUUUACUUUAUCUAUUUUUGGUCUGGACCUGAAAUUGAUUUCAUCUGCAUGAGGCAACUCCCACUGUGAAAAUUCCUUUCUGUGAUGCAGAUCUAUAGCUCCCCUAUAAACUAGGGCACUGAGGAGGAAAGCAUUUUGUGUAGGACCAAACCGUUAGUGUGUGGCAGGGAAAUGAUUUCAGUGUUAUUCCUCUCUUCACUGCCUCUUAUAUAUGCAUAUGCUAAUAAAAAGUAGGACCACAGAUCUCUAGACCUGGAAAGAGACUUAGAGACUCUCCAGUCCACUCCAUUUAUACGACAGAUGAGAAAACUAAAACCUACAGAGUUUAAAUCAUUUGUCCAACAUCACACAGCUAGUAAGAACCAGAGCCAGGAUUUAAAGUCAAUUCCAAAUUCAUUUAUUUCCACAACACCCCUAUGCCUCUCUUGUUAAGUGCUCAUUUUAUGGGUAAGCAAGACAGCUAGGUUGCACCAGAGUCAGGAAGACCUGAGUUUGAAUGUGGACUCAGAUAUUAGUUGUGUAACCCUGGGCAAGUCACUUACCCCUGGUUGCCUUACUUUCCUCAUCUAUAAAAUGAACUAGAUGAGGAAGUAGUAAACCACUCCAAUAUCUUUGCCCAAGAAAACCCCAAACCAGGUUUUUAAGAGUUGGACAUGACCGAAAACAACUGAACAACAAGGCUACUGUGUUGGGUAGCUCAAAAAUCAAUGAAUGCUUUUAUAUUUAAAGCUAAAGGUUGUCAACUUUUCAAAUGAACUUAAGAGUUCACAGCUUUUUUUUUUUUUACAAAAUGCUUUGAAAACAUCUAAAAGAAGGCAAUGAAUUGAUAAGUUUAGUAGGUUCCUGAGAGAUGUGUGAAAGUCCUUAAACUGCCCAUUGACAUUCUUUCUCGUAUGCUAGUGCAGAGCUAGGGUUUGUUUCUGAACCCACAGAUCCGACUACUUUGUUAAGGAUUUUCCUUGCUCUACCUGAAGGUGAAGAAAACAUAUUUCCCAGUUUCCAGAGCAACGGUUUAGUAAUAUAGUAUCAUUGGCACAUGAAGUACUUUAUUAAAUAGUAAAUUAUUAAGUCAUUUUAUUGGUGAUAUAUUUAUUAGUAGCAUAUUCUUCUUUAAUGGUAUAUUAUUUAUGCCAAAAUGUUUAGAUAUGAGUUAUUUAUAGCUAGAAGACAAAUAAAAGCUGUUUACUGGGGAAAUUUCAUAUUGUAUUGCUCAAAUAGUAACAAAAAGAUAACAUAUCUGAAUUAGAAAUAAAUAAACAACACACCUGAAUUAGAAAUAAUCUGUAGGGGGCAGCUGGGUAGCUCAGUGGAUUGAGAGCCAGGCCUAGAGAUGGGAGGUCCUAGGUUCAAAUGUGGCCUUAGACACUUCCCAACUGUGUGACCCUGGGCAAGUCACUUGACCCCCAUUGCCUAGCCCUUACAACUCUUAUGCCUUGGAACCAAUACAUAGUAUUGAUUCCAAGAUAGAAAGUAAGAGUUUAAAAUUUAAAAAAAUUAAAAAAAAAAAAGAAAGAAUCUGUAGGGAGUAGCUAGGUAGCUCAGUGGAUUAAGAACCAGUGCUAGAGACAAGGAGGUCCUGGGUUCAAAUAUGACCUCAGCUUCUUCCUAUCUAUGUGACCCUGGGCAAGUCAUUUAACCCCCAUUUCCUAGCCCUUACCACUCUUCUGCUUUGGAACCAAUACAUAGUAUUGAUUCUAAGGUGGAAGGUCAGGGUUUAAAAAAAAAAAGAAAUGAUGUAUAAUUAUGGGUGUUGAUUGAUCACUCAAUCACCUUAUCCCACUUAAAGUGAUGAGUAAGAUAUUCUAGCUGAUACCUUUAUCAGUUUCAAGGAAUACAAUGCUACUAAUUCAAUCAAUUUGUCAGUCAAAGGCAUUAAACUUAUUUAUGCCUUUUCACACCCCAAGGAUCUUAUAAAAUAGUAAAGCCAGUUCAGAUUCUAACAUUCUAGUGCCUGGCAGAAUAUAUAGAGGAGAGAGCAGCUCCAGCUGAAGCCCUGAGAAGGAAUCACUUGAGGGAAGAGGAGGAGGAGGAGGAGAGCCUCUGUCUCUUUCUUCCCCUCCCACAUUUUCCCUUCAGGUCAGAGAAGGACCUUGCCAACUUUACAGGGCUAGAGGAAUUAGACUGGUAUCUCUGGAGCAGUAGUGACUGGUGGCAGAGUCUACAUCAGGAACCUGGGACAAACUAGACACAAUGAAGAAAGGCAGUUCAAGACCCCUAUGAGGAGACCCAAAGAAAGCUUCAGUAUACAUAAGGGGGACUUUAUGAAGGUCCCACGAAGGGGAAGAAAAGGAUGUCCAACAAAAGAAUUUCCAGGAGCUGUACUAAACCAAAGAGAUGUGGAUCCAAAAAUAUCCUGGUCAUCCUUGCAUUCUUAUUUUUCUUGGCUGUGAUUGCUUUAAUCACAGUGGGACUAACCCAGAAUAAGCCACUGCCAAAAAAUAUUAAGUAUGGAAUCGUGCUGGAUGCUGGCUCUUCUCACACCAACAUGUACAUCUACAACUGGCCAGCAGAGAAAGAGAAUGACACUGGAGUGGUACAACAGGUGGAAGUGUGCAAGGUACAAGGUCCUGGCAUCUCAGGAUAUUCCCAGAAUGUGAAAGAUGUAGGCUUUUACCUCAACAAAUGCAUGGACAGAGCUGAGCAAGUGAUUCCCAAGGAGCAGCACCGAAAGACCCCUGUUUAUCUCGGAGCCACAGCUGGCAUGAGGUUGCUCAGGCUGGAGAGCAGCGACCUGGCAGACAGAGUCCUGGCAGCUGUGAAACAGAGCCUCACCUCUUACCCUUUUGAUUUCCAAGGGGCCAGGAUCAUCACUGGCCAGGAAGAAGGUGCCUAUGGCUGGAUUACCAUUAACUACUUGUUAGGCAAAUUCAACCAGACUAUCAACAGCUGGCUCCAUUUUCUGCCCAGUAGUGAAGGUCCUCAGGAAACCUCUGGGGCCUUGGACCUUGGAGGAGCCUCGACACAAAUAACUUUUGUGCCCCUCAAGGAGGAUAUUGAGUCCCAAGACAACUCCCUACACUUCCGUCUCUAUGGCAAAAACUACGAUGUGUAUACACACAGCUUCCUGUGUUAUGGGAAAGAUCAGGCUCUCCGGCUAAAACUGGUCAGCAAUAUUCAGGAUGCAGAGAAUGAAGUCUUAAAUGAACCAUGCUUCCACCCUGGCUAUAAAAGAGUUGUGAACAUAAGUGAGCUCUUCAACACACCCUGCAUCCCAGAGGAUAAGAAAUCCCUUAAGUUUCAGAAACUUGUUUUAAUGGGCACUGGAAACUAUUCAGCAUGCUGGCAGAGCAUUCAAAAGAUCUUCAACACCACCUAUUGUCCUUACUCAAGGUGUUCUUUCAAUGGGGUUUUCCUACCAGCCUUACAAGGAGAUUUUAGGGCCUUUUCUGCCUUUUACUUUGUGAUGGACUUCCUGAACUUGACUGAAGCAGGUUCUUCUUUGGAAAGGAUGAUUACCGAAAUACAAAGCUUUUGCUCUGAACCCUGGGAUAAGCUAAAAACACAAUUUAAAAGCAUCAAAGAAAAGUACCUCAGUGAAUACUGCUUCUCUGGAACCUACAUUCUUACCCUCCUAGAGCUAGGAUAUGGAUUCGGUGAACACAACUGGAAAGAUAUUCAGUUCAUGGGAAAGAUCAGUGGAAGCGAUGCUGGAUGGACCUUGGGUUACAUGCUGAACUUGACCAACAUGAUCCCAGCAGAGCAGCCUUUAUAUCCACCUCUCUCCCAUUCGACAUAUGUCUUCCUCAUGGUCCUCUUCAGCCUGGUCCUAGCUGGUGUUUUCUUCAUUGGAUGGCUUAUCUUUAGAAAGCCUUCAUGCCUCCAGAAAGGAACUGUAUAGCAAGUCUAGCUGAGAUCAGCUGGGUGAGAGCAUGACAGAAACACUUACAGGGAGAACGUUUCUUUCUCCUGCAAUUUCAUGCUGCACUUCUUCAUGGGGGUCAAUCUUUACCAGCACAAUGCUUCCCUUGACUUCUGCUGCAGGAUUUUUCUCAGGAGGGUAUCUUGCCAUCUGUGUCCCAUGCUUCAUGGCAAAAAUCUAGCAUCUCCUUGUGAUUCUUUUCUUUUCACCUUCUUUUUCCUGUGUGUUUUAUGCCUUUGUGGGUCACAAGGAUUCGCCAUUUUUUUCAGAACCUUGCUUUAUUGGACAGCCUCAUUUAUUUGGAAGAGAAGAGAUGAGGAAGCUAUGAAUCAUCUGCAGUGACCUAUGAAGGCCAGUGGGAUACACUGGGAGGCUCCGGUGGCUAGACAAUGCCUCAUCUCAGGAAUUGUUUAAAUUCCAUUGGGAUUUCCUUCUAUUCUCCUGCCUCCCAUUUAUGAAGACCAAAUGGAGCCUCUCUCUGUAUGGGGCAGAGACCAAUGGGCUGGAGGAAAGAUCUUUAGACUAGGCCAAAGUUGGCUAGGGCCAAAGAGUAUCACAUGGUCAUUCUCUGUGGUAAUAUGAUGCUUACCUCAGUACCAUACUGUGUCACCACUGGGAUAUGACUUCCUGGGGGCAGUCCCACUUCUGCCAGUAUACUUUGUUUUAGAGCUGCUAAACAUACAAGCAUACUAGUCCUAGGGAACAUGUCAUGGUGGAUGUGUGUAUGUCAAGAUUAAAGAUAUAGUUUCUACUCAGGGUUGAGAAUAAGUAUACUCGUGUAUCACAGCUUACACAAAAUCAGGCCUCAGUGUGGGAUCAGGCAUGGUAGUUUUGGGUAAAAGUGGGGAAACCUAUUUAUCAGUUGUAGAGCAAGGAUUCUCAGACUUUUUCAUCUCAGGACCCUUUUUUACUCUUAAAAAUUAUUGAAACACCCCUCCAUCCCAGAGCCUUUUUGUUUGUAUAGGUUAUAUCUGCUGAUAUUUAUUGUAUUCAAAAUUUAAAUGUCAGUAUUACUAUAAAUGGAAUUUUGACCUCACAGACACUCAGAUUCCGGGGAUCCCUGGACCACACUUUGACAACUCCUUCUCUGGAGUUACAGGUCUUUAAGUUGUGAUGACAAUCUGCAGCAAGUAAUUAACAUGUUUCGAGAAACAGUGAUGCUGGCCUUGCCUUGUGACCUAUUUCCUUUUGUGGAAAAUGGAUGUGCUGUUGUCAAUUCUGGGAGAGGUGGGAGAAGGGAAGAUGGUAAAGAAUCCCUGUGCUAUCCACUUCCAUGAACCGUUAUAAGAAUUGCCUCUUAGGCAAGAUUAAUGGUAUGUGAUUUUUUAAAUUUUGUUCCAGAACUCUGAUCUCUCCUUCAGUGGGCUUGUUAUUGAGCUGGUGGGGGAAGAAAUAAUUUUGCUAAAAGUAAAUGCCAUAUGUCCCUUUUCCCCCAGAACAACAUUUCUGCUUUUUAACAUGUCCAAAUGGUAUAAACCUGUGAGGAAGGAACCAACUUCUCUUUUAGAGUUAUUCCUAGCUGAACCUUGUUGGCCUUGAGCAGGAGUCUGAUGCCAAAUUUGGACAUUUAAAUCCUCUCUGAGGACAAAGCAAUCAGUCAAUGAUGAGAACAUUCCUUGUUUCUGUUUGCAUUCUUCUCCAUAUGUUCCAAGUACAAACCAAGUCCUCCCCGAUCAUUGAAUUCAAAGAGCUUGUUUGAAAAACACAAACAUUCACUCCAAGUCUCUGAGACAUAAUAAAAGUCUUGGACAACUCCAUUUAUUUGGAAGGGAGUAAGAUGAAGCUAUGAUUCAGCAAUAGUUGCUGGUGAAGGUACUACAUCAUUGUUUCUUACAGCACGUUAAUUAACUUUACUGCAGAGAAUCAUGGCGACCUAAUGACUUAUUGCUCCAUAGCCACAGUGGUCAAAGUGUGGUCCAGGGAGUCCAUGAGGUCUGCGAGGUCCUUUGCAGAGCAGUAUAGAUGGCAUAUGAUAUUAAUGAUUUCUUAUUGCAACCCUAGGAGUAGCUCUUUAAAAAUUAAUAAUUACAACAUAUGGUUAUGUAGCGCUUUGUUAUCUUAAAGUAUUGUAUAAUCUCAUUUGAGCUCUGUAACAACUUCAUGCAGGUAUUAUUUGUCCCAUUUUAUAGAUGAGAAAACUAAAACUCAGAGAAUUUAAAUGACAACACCAAGGUCACAUAGCUAGCCUGUCUCAAAAUUGGGAUUCAAAUCCAGGUUUUCUAACUCCAAGUCCCAUGUUCAUCUAUUCUAUGCCACUCAUUUUACAGGGGAACACCAUAUAUCUGACACCUUUAAACAAUAUUUAAUAAUAAAGGUGAAAAAUUAAGAGGCUAAAUAUUUACUUCUUAGGACCUUGCCUAACUCACAGCACUCCAAGUCCAUUUCUUACAACAGUGAACUUCAUCGCAUUGCUUGGCCACCAAGAAAUCGAAGGGAUAAGCUACCAAUCUCUACAGAUCUCAGCAAAACCAUUGAAGAAAUUAGACCAAGGCUCAGCUUAGUCUAAGGAGUAAGCCAGAGUCAGAUUAACAGGAUUUCAGGGUAUAUAAAUCUUUUAAUAACAGACUAAUAUCAUCACUAAUUAUAUCUCGUUGCAAUUAUUUCUAGACCCUUAGGUUAAGAGAAUGCUCUGUGAUCUCUUAAGAGAGAGUAAAGAGUGGGGUUGGGAGGGAGAAUUGGGGCUGUAUAUACGUGUGUGUGUGUUUUUUUUUUUGGUCCAUUAUAGUCCACAAAAGAAUAUAUACCAUCAUAAAGUCAUAUAAUUAUUGUAGGGUCUUUUUUUUAAGAAAUAGGAAAGAAUUCAACUAAUAUGCUUUUAGUAUUAAGAAUAGAAUACAUAGAUAUUUGUUAACAGAAUAAAUAAUUUAAAGUAUGUAUCAUUUCUAUAUUAUGGUUUAUGAGAAAGCAGGGUCUAUGGUAAAAACUGGCAAAGAGAGUAGAGACUUUCCGGGCAAGGAAAGAAGACAGGGGCAGAGUAGUACACUCAAGGCAGAGAAAAAAACAUUCCCUCCCCACCUCCCACCCCCGUCUUCCUCUACAUUUCCCUAGUAGAGGGAGAUAUUUAUUUUUGCAACCACAAGUAUUGUGUUAUAAUUCCCAUUGGAGCAUUUAUUAUAUUUGAAGUUGGAAGUCAUCUUUAACUAGGAUUUUAAUAUUUUAGCUAAAAGUUUUUGUUCAUUCUUCAAGUUUUGCUGCAUUAAGUGAGAAUAGGUGCCAGCUACUUGGUAUCAAUGCGUAGAUGGUCUGGCAGCUUCAAUGGAUAUUAGCUUUUUUUUAAUCAUCAAGACAAUUACUUAAAUAAAAACAUAGGCUCAGCCAGGGCACCCUUUGCAGCUCAAAUGGCCUCACAUUUUAAAUUGACAGAAUUCCUUAAAGACUCAUGUACCCAUUUUCUUUCUUAAUUACACAUGUAAUACCCUGUAUAAUACAUUAAAAACUUUUCAGUUUAACAAAAAUACACCAAAAUUAAACAAAGCUGGUUUUAUCAUAGGCAUAAAUAUGUUUUCAUAGUGGGAGAAAUGAUGGCCAAAAUACAUUCCAUUUAUUAAUUCAUUUCAAGCUGGAUCUAAAUACAUGGACUAUGGCUUCCACACUCUUAUAAAAUCAAUAUGAACCUCUAAAAUCAAGUGACUUCAUUGAUUUGGCCUCAUAGAUUUCCUCUGAAACCAGGAUGAAAGGGGCUAUAAUUCAUUAUAGCAUCCUUGAGUGGAGCUGGUCCUCCAAUAAACAUAUAAUAUAUAGAGGUGUUGGCUGAGGGGCGCCAUAUUGAGAAGGUUUUGCAGGGAUUCUUUUAUUAAAUGAAUUUGAUGGUAGCUAGAUUAGAUGUGAACACUGGUCUAGGCUUUUAUGCACAAGGAUGACCUGGUAGUAUCUGACGAUACUAUAAUGGCAUUAUGGGCAGGAACAAACAAGUUGAGUCCAUGUUUUUAUAUUGUAAAGAGAUAUUUUACAACAAAACCUCAUCUGAAAAGUGCACCUCUUUCCAUAAAUGACCACUUGAAUGAAGUUCUCUGAGAAGCUAUGUCACUUAUCUUCUUGCUGUGACUUGAAAAGAGGGAAAGGACAGAAAAGGGAGUAGAAUGGGAAAAUGGGAAAGAAAGGAUAGGAAACUGAAAUGUGGAGGGAAGAAGAAGGGAAGGGAAAGGACAAAGUGUACUAAGAACUACGUAGAUGCUUAAUUAUUGAGAAAAUCUUGUUAGAGAAAAGUCUCACAUUAAGAGAAUUGUAUAUAAGAAUAUAACCUAAAAAUCUAGCCACUCACCAGAGGAACCCCAGACUUUAACUUGCUCCAAAAAGGUAUUUAAAUCUCUAUGGGCUAAAAUAAGCUUUUUAGAAGUGUUAUGGUCCCUUCUCCCCCCCAAAAAUGUCCUAGAUCAACCUUUUCAAACAUCAUUUCCACUUUUCACUUGUCUUAUGUUUAAAGCUAUAGUGAUUCUCGAUUGCAUCCAAUGUAAAAUCUCCACCUGACUUUCAAAGCUCUCAAGAGAGGUUUACUGGAUUUAUUGUUUGCAUCAUUCAUUAUAGCUCAUAAAGUACUAGUAACACAAUAGGAGCUUAAUAAAUGCCUUUGAAUGAGUGCUCUCUUCAAUAGCUAUCACCUGAGAAGUGUUCCUAGUCUUCACUUAUGAGACAGUUUAACAGCCAGUAUGAUCAUAGAACAUCCAAAUUAGUAUCCAUUAGUUAAGGCAAAUGCUUAAGGAGGAGGAUAGAACCAUUAGAGCACAUCCAGAUAUGGGUAUGAUUAUGUAAACAAUCAAAUGACUUCUGUCUGAAAAUAAUUGGAAAAAACACUAAUCCCUCCAAUGUGGAGGAAAUAUUUGAAGUUAUUUGAAUAUAAAGAUGUAAUCAUGACAUUGUACAUCACCUAAAAUGGUAGGUAAUAUUGGGCCUGACUUGAAUUAAUGAAUGAAUUCUUAGAUACUCUGUCUAUAUUUUUUAAAAAAACAACAAAAAAAAACAAUUCUUAUGUUCUGUCUUAGAAUCAAUUCUAUGUAGUGGUUCCAAGGCAAAGAGGCUAGUCAACUGGGGUUAAGUGACUUGCCUGGGGUCACACAGUUAGAAUCUAGUUAGGAAACUAGAUUCAAACCCAUGACUUCCUUUCUCUAGGCCUGGCUCUGUAUCUAGUGGACCAUCUAACUGCCUCUGGGCCUCUACUUUGAGCCAUCGCCAGCAGGUGAACAGUGGAUACCCAUUUUUGCUGAAAUUUCACAGAUUAGAGUAGAAUUGAAUUUUGGAGCUGAAAGGAACUUAGAAAUGAUCUAGUUCAAUUCUCUUAUUUUAUAGAUGAAAAAAUUUAGACCAUGAGAAUUUAAUGGCUUGACCCAAGUCACUUAUCUAAUUAGUUUACACAGUUGGGACUACAAUCAAUGUUUCUUAAACAUCUAUGGCUUUUUUAAAAGGUGAGAUUAGGGAUAUGUGAUCAUUAUGCUGUCCUUUUCUCCAAAAAAUAUAAUUCUAUAUUAAGGAAAAAUAGAUGAAUAUUAUUCCAGUUUUAUUAAAGUUAAUUAAAAAGAUAAAAGAUAAAUCUGUAAGUAUUUAAAAUAGCAAUUUUUUUCUACUAGUUAACUGUCAACAGUAAACUGUUGGUUGGUUUGAUUUCCUAACUUCUCAGCUUCACCAAGACUUUCUAAUGCUUUCUAUUCUAACAUUUCUAGCUACUAUUCAGGAAGUACUUAAUUAUCUUUUUAACACUCCCCCCCAAUAGGAAUAUACUUGCUCUUCUUCUACCAAGGUCACACUUUACCUGCACUUUAGGAUGUUUAGCCCCUUUAUGCUUAGCCUUUUCCAUGUAUUUCUAGACUGUUCUUGAAACAGAAGCACAUAAACUUCCUUAUAUCUCAGACCCCUCUGACUAAGUGAAUUGUCUUUUCAUCAAAUAAUCCAACUUCUAAUAAUAUUAAUGUUACUAAUUAACCCUAUUAAAAUCACAUAAAUGGUAAUUGACUGUUAUAGACUACUUUAAAGUCUGCAAAAUAUUUUAUUUACAAGCUUUUCUUCUCCAGCUAAGUUAGAGCCACCCAAGAAAACAUCAGAUAUGAAAUCCAGUUAUUUCUCAGUGAUCAAAUUUAUAGCAAGAAAGGUUUUACUAAUUGUGUUUUCUGAAAGGAAAGGUGAUUAGUAGAAUUCAUAAUAGAAGUAAGGAAAACUAUGGCAUUAGCUUCCUGAUACACACUAAUGACCUGGGAAUACCCCAGAUGUGUUUUGGAGCAUUGAGUUUUGUUUCUACUCACUGCUUUAGUUUGUGAUCCUCAGUUCAAAGCAAUGACUCCGUCCUAUUGUUGCUUGGUAUACUAUAAACAUCUAGAACUAAUAUUUGGCUGCAUGUAUUGUAUAAAAGCAAAACACAGAAAAUUCCAUAUUUUGGACUAAUCAGAACACUUUAUUUUACUACUGAGUGUCAGUUACAAAAUUGAGGUCCUAAAAUAAAAAAUCAGUCAGUCAAUAAACAUUUAUUAAACACCUACUAAGUACCAGGUACUGUGCUAAGCUGGGGUAAUAAAAAAAUGCAAAGGAUAAUCUCUGCUCUGAAGGAGCUCACAGGGUAAUGUGGAAGACAAGCAAACAAAUUUAGACAAACAAACUAUAUAUAGAAUAAAUGGGAAAUAAGAGAAAAUACUAGAAUUAAAAGGGGUUGGGAAAGGCUUGUCCCAUAGAAAAUGGGAUUUAAGUUGAGUCUUGAAGGAAGCCAGAGAAGUCAGGAUGCAGAAAUGAGGAGGUAGAAUAUUUUAGGCAUGGUGAGGCAGGCAUUAAACAUCCCAAGAAGCAUAUGUAUUUGAUAGAAGAAAUAAAGAGAAUUACCAAAAGGAGAUUCUUGAAGCCUAUUUCUUGUAACCUUCAAUUUUAAAAAGAACUGCUAAGGAACAAUAUUUUUCUCUAGGCUAAAACUUUUUCCAGGCCUUUCCCUUUAGGAAAAUGAAUAGAACAAAAACUCUUCCUUCCUUUCUUUUUCUUUCUUUCUUUCUUUCAAUAAAGGUCUUCCUUCCUUCCUUCCUUCCUUCCUUCCUUCCUUCCUUCCUUCCUUCCUUCCUUCCUUCCUUCCUUCCUUCCUUCCUUCCUUCCUUCCUUCCUUCCUUCCUUCCUUCCUUCCUUCCUUCCUUCCUUCCUUCCUUCCUUCCUUCCUUCCUUCCUUCCUUCCUGUCUUGACAUUGAUACUAAGUAUCUGUUCUAAGGGCUAGAGUACAAGUAAGGGCUCAGCAAUUGGAAUUAAGUGACCAGGAUCAUGCAGCUAGGAAGUGCCUGAGAGUAGAUUUGAACCCAUGUUUGAACUCUGUCUUCAGGCCUGGCUCUCUAUCUGCCGAGCCACCUAGCUGCCCUUUCCUAAGGUCUCUCUAAGGAAAUGGAUUAGGAGUAAUAAUCAAGCCUAACUUUCAUCUAUAUGUCAUUAUUUUUUCUUCCCACCCACCUACUAUUUCUCCAAAGUUAAGACAUUGUUCCUAGAUCAGUUUGUUAUUAUAUCCAUCUUAUAAUAGAUGAAGAAAAACUGAGAGAAGUUAAGGAUAACUUGGGUAAAGUCACACAGGGAUUGGAUCAAGAUCAUAGGUUCAUAGGAUUUAAGGUUAUAAAUUUUGAACUGGAGUGGACCUUUUAAGUCAUAUAGUCAUAUGGUAACAACUGCCAUUUUGUGGACAAAGAAAGUGAGGUCCAAAGACACCAAAGUUCUUGCCCAAGUCACAGACUUAGAAGAGAGUAGCAUACAAACUUCAGUUCCGUGAUGCUAACUCCAAGACUUUUUCAUACCAAUCUGCUAACUCAACUGUACACUCCACCUCCAAGAUCCCAGACCAUAGAAAGGAUCAAGUUGUUUUAUCUCAGCUGACUUUCCUUAUUUCUGAUUCUUUUCUCUACUUAUUUUUAUGCUUCAUUUUUCUUGUUGCCACAUGCAGGUUUCAAAUCUACUGUAUUCUAGACAUUCUAUGUGGAAAUGAAUGGUGUCUUGAAAGUCUGGCCAACAUGGUCUCAUGAAUAUUUUGGUUACUUUUUUCUAUCUGAUCAGCUGGGAAAAUAGCAGUUCUGAGUCCACACUUCUCAAAAAAUAAGGGGGGGGGUGGCAAUUGGAAUAGAGAAACAAAUAUGUAGACUUUGGCAUAAUAGAAAUGCCAUACAAAGCCAUGGUAUUACCGCUUAUAGAACUGUAGAACAUCAGAGCUGGAAGAGAACUUAGAAAUCAUGGAGCCAAGAAGCAGAAGCAGCUAGAUGGUGUCAGUCUAGAGUGCUGAGCCUAGAGUCAGGAAGAGGUGAGUUCAAAUAUAGCCUGAAAAAAAAAUGUGAUCCUGGACAAAUCACUUAACUUCUGUCUGCCUACCUCCCAGAAUUGGUUAUAACGAUCAGAUGAUAUAAUAUUUGUAAAACACUUCAUAUAGUGCCUGGAACAUAGAAGGUGCUAAAUAAAUCCUUAUUUUUCUCCCUUUCCCUCCCCUUACCUGAAGCUUAGAAGAGUAAAGUGUGGAAGUGACAGUCAUGACAAAAAUGAGGUCCCAAAACAUUUAAUUCAUUGUUAUUUCCGGUAUACCAAACCUAGAGCCAUUGGUAAAUAGAAAUUCUAAUAAAGAAAUAAGUUCCAAAAAUUCAACUAUACCAUCGAUUGGCUACAUCCUCUUUUAUUUUUGUUUGUUUCAUUUUCAUCUUUGGAUCCUUAAUAAUUCCUAGGCCAAGAAUCUAAAUGGGAACACAAGUCACAAACUGUGGCUCCAGAGAGCCUGCAGUUGAAUAGAAUCACAAAAACCAUAUCUCUCAGUUGAAAAGAAAUCAAGUCAUGUAAUUCAAUCUGUAUACAAACAGGAAUUCCUUAAUGAUACCAUCCAUCAUCCUCUGCUUGAAGAACCUCAGUGAUGAGGAACACCUUGAUACAACCCUUUCUACUGUGUUGGGAAGGAUUUGGGGAUGGGGAGGUUUAAGGGGGAAGAACUGAAAUCUUCAACUUUGUAACUUUCAUUUACUGCUUUUACUGAGUUCUACCUUCUGGAGUCAAGGAGAACAAAUAUAAUUCCUUUUGCCCAAAA